AUGGAAGAGAAUCGUGAAAUUGAAUUUCCAGCAUUUCCAUAUAAACCCUAUCCAAUUCAGAUGGAUUUCAUGAAGUUCCUGUACCAAUCACUUGAUAAAGGAGGUAUUUCAAUGCUCGAAAGCCCCACCGGAACAGGGAAAACCCUUAGUAUAAUCUGCAGUGCACUGCAGUGGCUAGUCGAUAAGAAGCGUCAGGAAAGUAUAAAAGGUUCGCUUGGUUUGAAUCUGAAGGAAAAUUUGGGAAAUGAAUCAUGUUUGGAUAAUGAUACUGAUAAUGAACCGGAUUGGAUGAGAAAUUUUGUGCCAAAUAAAGAAUCCGACAAGCGCGAAAAGAAGAAAACUAAAGAAAAGAAAAAAAUCGGGGUUCGGUCGAAGGAUACUUGUAGUAGAAAGGAAAAAGAAGAAACUACUAGAGAUUUAAGUAAUCGUGGGGAAGAAAAAGAGUUAGAGGGGAAUGUGGAUAAAAGGGAAGGAAAAAAUAUGAAAGGGGAAGUUGGGAUUGAUAAGGAAGAUGAGGAGUUUUUGCUUGAAGAGUAUGAGAGUGAAGAGGAAAGUGGUGGAACACUGAAGAGGAAAAAUGCUGGACCUGAUGUUUGUUCGUCUAGUGAUGAAGAAGAAGAUGGGCUGGGGGACGAGGAAGAUGGAGCAAGAUUGAAGAUUUACUUUUGUAGUCGGACGCAUUCACAACUUUCACAGUUCAUAAAAGAGUUGAGGAAGACUACAUUUGCUAGUGAGUUGAUGUUUGUCUGCUUGGGGUCUAGGAAGAAUUUCUGCAUCAAUGAUGAGGUGCUGAAGCUAGGGACCUCCACUCGAAUAAACGAAAGGUGCUUGGAGCUUCAAAAGAGUAAGAAAAAUGAAGCUUCUAAAACGAAGAACUUGGGAGCUGGAAAAAGAGUUCACCGUACAAAGGCUUCCUGUGGAUGUCCAAUGCUCAGAAGUCGUAAGAUAGAAAAAGAGUUUAAGAAUGAAAUUAUUCAACUGGAACCGCUGGAUAUUGAAGAUCUUGUUCGCAUUGGACGCAACUUGGGAACUUGCCCAUAUUAUGGUUCUAGAAGGAUGGUGCCUGCGGCCGAUCUUGUCAUUCUUCCCUAUCAAUCUCUUCUUUCAAAAUCAUCACGUGAAUCUCUUGGUUUAAGUUUGAAAAAUAGCGUCAUUAUCAUAGAUGAAGCUCAUAAUCUAGCAGAUACUCUGAUCAGCAUGUAUGAUGCAAAAAUUACUGUGUCACAGCUGAAUCUCUUGCAGUCUCACUUAGAGAGUUAUUUUCAACGAUUUCGCAAUCUCUUAGGACCAGGCAACCGAAGAUACAUUCAGACUUUGAUGGUCCUCACCCAGGCUUUCUUAAGAGUUCUACUUCCCAAUGGGAAGCUUGCAAAUCAUGUUGAUCCUUUAUUUGAUUCGCAGGAGAUAGAAAUUUCCUUUGAUUCUUCAAUGGCCAUCAAUGAAUUUUUAUUUUCCCUAAAUAUUGAUAACAUAAACCUGGUGAAACUUUUGCAAUACGUGAAAGAAAGCAACUUAACUCACAAGGUCUGUGGUUACAGAGAUAAGGUAGCAGUUGCCCAAAAGGGUUCAAGUGUCGAAGAUGGUGAAGCAACUUGCAAGGAAGAAAGUGCAGUAUCUUGCUUUCGGGCAUUGGCUGAUAUACUAUUCUCCUUAACCAAUAAUGAUGGUGAUGGAAGAAUAUUAAUUUCUAGGCCAAGGCUAACAUGUCACGGGCAAGAAGGGCAUAUAAAGUAUGUCAUGCUUACUGGAGAGAAGAUGUUCUCUGAGAUUGCUGAUCAAGCACAUGCUGUUGUCUUGGCUGGAGGAACUUUACAACCUAUAGAGGAAACAAAGGAACGACUCUUCCCAUCAUUACUGCCAGAUCGGUUUCACUUCUUUUCAUGCAGUCAUAUAAUUCCUCCAGAGAAUAUUUUGCCUAUUGUUGUUAAACAUGGGCCUUCUGGUCAGUCCUUCGAUUUUAGCUACAAACUCAGAAGCCUGCCAAACAUGAUUGAGGAGCUAGGUCUUCUGCUAUGCAAUCUAGUGACAGUAGUUCCAGAAGGAGUAGUUGUGUUUUUUUCGUCAUUUGACUAUGAAGGCAAGGUUUACGAUUCUUGGAAAACAUCGGGCAUGCUUACAAGGAUUAUGAAGAAAAAGAGAGUUUUUAGAGAACCUAGGAAAAACACAGAUGUAGAAGCUGUCUUGAGAGAAUACAAGGAAACAAUUGAUGCAGUAUCCACCAGUAAUCCUACUUCCUGCAAUGGUGCAAUUCUUUUCGCUGUUGUGGGAGGGAAGAUAUCAGAAGGUAUCAACUUCAGCGAUGGGACAGGUCGAUGCAUAGUAAUGGUUGGAUUGCCCUAUCCUAGCCCAUCAGACAUUGAAUUGAUAGAGAGGGUGAAGCAUAUUGAGGGUCUUGAGGAGAGUCAAAAUCCCGAGUCUUGUGUCAAUGGUGAACAUCGCAAUGGGGAUGUUCAAACUGGAUUUCACAUCCUUAGAAGUUGCAAGGGCAGAGGAAAAGAGUACUAUGAAAAUCUUUGCAUGAAAGCCGUAAAUCAAUCAAUAGGUAGAGCAAUUCGGCAUAUAAAUGAUUAUGCUGCAAUUUUGUUGGUUGAUGUGCGUUAUGCUUCUGAUCCUGCACAAAGAAGCUUCUCCCACUCGACUGGAAAGCUUCCACAGUGGAUCAAAAGUCGUCUUGUUACUAAAACUGAGAAUUAUGGCCAAGUCCACAGCUUGGCCAAGGUUGAAGCCGAAAACACUCUGCUCCACAAUUCUCUUGCUUGGACCACGUACGAGGAAAGACAGAUGAACAAGCAUCACAGAGCAAAAGUAAAGCCACAAAUGCAGAUGCUGCUCAAAGAAACCUUUUACAACACCAAAAACUUCUUUAACGUUACAUUCCAAAAUCUCAAAUCAUGUCUCUUAGGAGGGUACCAAAAGCCGCCUAAAAUUCCUCUUGUCAAACUCAUCUUUUCGACUAAGAAUCCCAAACUCCAUGAGCUGAAUAAUUUAUGUAAAGAUUUCUCUGAUAAAAAUGAGAUACCGAAGAAAAUGGAGGGUCGACUCUCACCAGAAGAAGAAAUGAAGGGAGACAGAAAAUUUAAUGGAAGCUCCAUGAAUAUUGUGGAUCAAAGCGGAUUAAAGGAAUCGAAAGAAAAGAAGACUGAUAAAUAUUCCGAAGGCAAACAAGUGGAGUUCAUUUCUAAGAAUACAGAUGCUUUAGCUAAAAAAAUGAAAGAAUUGGAGAUGAUGGAUGUGAAUGACAUGGAUCAUGUGCUAGAUAUAGAAGAGGUGCUCAAUUACUAUUCUAAGCUCACCUGCCCAGCUUAUCAAGACAUAGUUGACAAGUUUUUCAUGGACAUGUAUACGGAAUAUUAUCUUCCACCGCCCACGGCCAGUGUUCACAGUUCAAUGAGGAAACAGAGUUCAGUCAGUGUUCACAGUUCAAUGAGGAAACAGGGCUCUAUCAGUGUUCAUGGUUCAAUGAGGAAACAGGGCUCUAUCAGUGUUCAUGGUUCAAUGAGGAAACUGGGUUCUGUCAGUGUUCACUGUUCAAUGAGGAGUCUUGGCCCUUUAAAGAUGUAG